CUGAGCACACUGACUGCAAACACGGAAGUAAAGUGCGAGAAACAGGCGUCAGCGUACUUUUUAUCGAUCUCUACUUCAAUGCAACUGAAGCAUCUGUGAUUAAAAGCAGACUUUGCACGUUUAAUAGCUGCACACGUUUAUUAUUAUUAUUUUUUUUCCCGUUCUAUGGAUUUCUUGCAGCUUCUGUCAUGGGCCUGCAUCGUGUUUACAGUCGGGAUGUUCUCGACUGGACUGACCGACCUGAAGAAGAUGUGGGAAUCCAAAAGUGCUGACAAUAUCCAAUUUCUCCCUUUCCUCACCACGUGUCUUAAUAACCUGGGCUGGCUGUAUUAUGGGAUUCUGAAGAGAGAUCAGACGAUCGUCCUGGUCAACAUUAUUGGAGCUCUACUCCAGAUCCUCUACAUCUUCGUUUACUUCCACUAUACAAAACAAAAGAGACUGGUGACGUCCCAGACCCUCGCAGCAGGGACGGUGCUGACCGUCGGUUGGUUCUACUUCACCACGUUUCUUCCUGAGGGAGAAGCGCGGCUCAGCCAGCUAGGCCUCACCUGCAGCGUGGUCACCGUCAGCAUGUACCUGUCCCCGCUCACCGACCUGGUAGAAAUAGUGCGUAGUGGUAAUGUGAAGUGCUUGUCCUUCCCUCUGACUGUAGCCACCUUAUUCACUUCAACUUCCUGGGUCCUCUACGGUCUUCAGUUGAAGGACAACUAUAUUGUGGUUCCAAACACGCCGGGAAUCUUCACCAGCCUCAUUAGAUUUUAUCUGUUUUGGAGGUUUGCAUCUGUCAAUCAAAGCUCACCUUCCUAUAAGCCUAUGCAUAUAUGAGAUUAUAUAUAUAUAUAUAUAUAUACACACACACACACACUCAGUUAAGAAAAUUUAAAGAGAUGGCUGAUCUGUUGAAUCCAUGGAGGACCGCAGCAAAGCUCUCCCGUCACUCGUCUUUUUUUUAUCAUACGGAGAGACGGAGUUACAUGGAGGGAGCUGUCAUUGGAUGACGGUGUGGACGUAAUGUCUGUUGAUUUUAUCGUUUCGGGGAAGUGUAUCAGUUACUCAGUUGGGCAGGAAAAUCUAUGAUGUCAUAAUUUUCUUGUUUUUCGGGGCGUUUUCUGCAGCUAGCUGUGUCUCUUCUCCGUGUCCUUCAAGUGCUUUCUGUUAGAUCGUGUUUGCCUUUAAAGAUUAACGGCGUUUUCUGAUCUACCAACAUGUCUUGCACUCUGUUCACAACCCAGUGAAUUGGACUGAAUCUCCCUCACCUCAUACUAGCCAAAGAUUUUGUGGAGUUGUCACUUGCUGGCUGCUAUUUUCAUGUUACAUAUAGAGGCUUUGGUCUCUGGUACUCAUGUAUGGAAUAAGGUAGUAUAUAGUUUGAUAUUUUCUCCACAGUCUGCUGAGGCAAUGAUGAUUUCAUAUCUCUUUAGAGGUAGUACUCAUGCCUCUAUAACCAUGCUGACAGAAUAUUGAGUCAUAUCAGUGGCAGUAAAUUAUAUUUGUUCAGAAUUGUUUUCUACAUAUUUUACGUCUUUUUGAUACAGAAUGUGUAUGUUUGCUUAUGUCCAAGAUCAUAUAUUGUCUACUUAUAUUGUUAAUGCUAUUUUUCUAAGCUCUUGUAUAUGGGAUUAAAUAAAAUUAGAAAAUAAAUUAACACCAUAGGGUUUGUUUACAUGAAUGAAUGAUGUUUGUUUUUCUGGUGGCUGGUUUUUAUGAGUAAUAGAGUUUUGUUUAGUCUCCUCAUUAUUAUCUGUAAUAAGGACAUAUGUUAUGCAAAUUAAACAGCCGAGUGUCAAUGCUGAUUCACUACACUUCUAAAGGAUGUAAGAUCUUUAAAGGUGCCAUGUAAAUAAAUUUUUACUUUAACCAUCAA